AUGAACAUUACAAAGAAAAACAAAAAUGAUAAAAAAAGACUUAAUGGCGCUUGCAGAAAAAGCAGGAAUAGACAAACCAUAACUGGAAAAUUGUUAAAUGGUCAAGCAAAUAAAAUACCUAAAAUAAAACCAGAAAAAACAAGAAAGAUUAUCAGGAGAUUUCAUUUUUUAAUUAAUAAACGUAGAAUUAUAUGCACUAGGUUGCAAAUCCCGAAUAUUUCUGAAGACAACGCUGAGAAUCUAAAUAAAUCUAGAAUCGAUGAGUUUAUACGUACUAAUAGUAACUUAGAUGUGAACUAUACCGAAUCCGACAAACCUGUAAUAGAAAAGAAACUGUUAAAACUUCAAACUAGCGAUACUGGCAACAAUACUAAAAAAGAUUUACUUAGAUGUUUAAAGUAUUUAAUGGAUGAGAUAUAUGUAAACGGAGGAUUACAAAAUUACCAGAGAGCAAGUAUAAUGGGACAAGAUUCCAAUAGAGGUGGCGAUUCAUCCAAAAUAUUAGUUAAGUGGUUAAUAGAAAGGGGAAUGAUAAAUAAUAAAAAAAAAUUGAAUAAUGCGUUAGAAAUAGGUUGCUUACAAAGAAAUAACCAUAUAAACAAAAUUGUCGACAAAGUGGAAAGAAUCGACUUGAAUUCAAAUGAUGAGAAGCAUAUAAAAAAACAAGAUUUCAUGAAAAGACCAAUACCAAAGGACAACAAUCGGAGAGAACAAUUUGACUUAAUUUCUUGUUCUUUGGUGCUAAAUUUUGUACCUAAUCCAAUAGAUCGGGGAGAAAUGAUAAAAAGAUUUGCCAAAUUUAUAAAUAAACAAAGUGAAUAUAAAUUGUUAUUUAUUGUUCUACCAUUGCCUUGUAUUUACAAUAGUAGAUAUAUAACAAAUAAAGAUUUUAUGCAGAUGAUGAGUGUUUUAAAUUAUAGAUUGUUAAAUCAACAUAAUUCCAGCAAAUUAGUUUAUUAUUUAUUCCAGCUAAAUGAUAGUGAUAUCAGUAAGAAUGAUCCCACUGUUACAAAUAGCAAUGCUAGUGAUACUAAACACAGCGGGAAAAAGAAUAACUUUAGAAUAAUAGUGAAGGUUUAG